AUGAAAGUCACGCGAAACGCGAGCUCACCGCGUACGACUGCCGCAGAUGACCUGAUCAACGCCAAGGAGCAGUUCAAUGACAUCGGCAACGAUAUCGACGACACUGCCGUCGAACUGAUCCCCGGAGUCGAAAUGACCGACAGACAGAUCGAGGCGAUCGCGAGAGCGAAGGAGGAGCGACUCAAGAAGCCUCAGCAACAACAGGCCCCCCAGCCCCCGCCCAAGGAGCCCACUCCUCCACCGAAGGAGCCCACUCCGCCGCCCAAAGCUCCCACGCCACCGCCCAAGGAGCCCACGCCGCCACCACCGGAACCCACCCCCGCAGAACCCGCCCCCGCCGAACCGGCUCCGGCCGAGCCUGCGCCGGCUGAAACCCCGGCUGAAACCCCCGCUGAAGCCCCAGCAGAAGCCCCCGCAGAAGCUCCCGCCGAAUAA